CCCUCCUUCUCAGCUACGAUUUGCAGCAUUUACAGCAUAAAAACGGUCCAUGCCGCGCGUCUCCUCUAUCUUACUCCCCAGCGCCUCCGCAUAAUACCCGCUCUCACGAAACCUAGACUCAUACUUGUCAACUUGUCGUGGUAGACCCAGCGCAUACUCCAACUGCCGUGAUAAAAAAGCGUGCUUGAUAUUCUACACAAGCUCAACGGCUUUAUCUGUCAUACAGUUCAUUUUUUCGCAUCAGUGAAGGGGACAUCUUGACCUGCUGGGUUUUCAGUACUGACAGCGCAUCAUGUCACUGAAAACAUCGUCUGUACUCCUCUAUCUAUUUCUGCUGCAUUUGGCAGGAAUCUAUCUAUUUACGCGCGGGUUCCUGCUGACGCGCCUGUCGCUGGCAUCCUUCGCGUCCUGCGACGCGUCCUCUCCUUGUACUCUUCGUCCCACCCAUAGACGUGCCGUUUUCCUCAUCGUCGACGCACUUCGCUUCGAUUUUUUAUCCCCUAAUCCUCCCGAGCCACAUUCCCCUUACCAUCACAAUGUGCUGACGUUGCCUCGCGAACUCACCGCGCGAUAUCCGCAACACUCAUUCUUGUUCAACGCGUAUGCUGACCCUCCUACAACUACGCUGCAGAGGAUCAAGGGACUUGUCACGGGAUCUCUACCGACCUUCGUUGACAUGGGCCACAAUUUUGGUGGUUCGUCGAUUGCCGAAGAUUCCAUCAUACACCAGCUUCGUGUAGCAAACAAGACUAUCGCGUUCAUGGGAGACGACACGUGGUUAUCCGUUUUUCCCUCUUCAUUUCAUCCCGAGAUGCUGCACGACUUUGAUUCGUUCAAUGUGGAGGAUCUGCACACGGUUGAUAAUGGCGUCAUCGCCAACCUCAUCCCUCUUCUUACCAAUUCACCGCACGCAAAGUCGUGGGAUUUUCUCAUCGGCCAUUUCCUAGGCGUCGAUCACGUCGGGCAUCGCGUGGGUCCAGAUCACCCUGCAAUGAAAAGCAAACAGGAGCAGAUGAACGACGUUCUCGGCCGUGUCGUCGACGCCCUCGAGCCCGAUACUCUCCUCGUCGUGCUCGGUGACCACGGCAUGGAUCGGAAAGGCGACCACGGCGGAGAUGGCGAUCUUGAGGUCUCUUCUGGCAUGUGGAUCUACUCGAAAGGUCUCCCACUAUCUGUUGCAGAUGCAACGAUUCCCUCGCACCUACAGAAGACUGUCAUAUUUCCUGGGGCAUCUGUUCCGCAUCGCCGUGUUCAACAAAUCGAUUUGGUCUCGUCAUUAUCGCUCCUCCUCGGCCUACCCAUUCCGUUCAAUAACCUUGGCACUGUCAUACCUGAGUUAUUCUGGCGUGGCGAAUCGGGUAUCGAGUACGAAAAUGCACUCAGCUUGAACCUACGGCAGGUCAACGCGUACCUAGCAACGUACCGUGCAAGCUCUGCUGGCGGCGAGCUCGACGGCGUGUGGGAUGGCCUGCAAAAGCAGUGGGGUGCAGUCGUCAGUGCUGAACCAUCAGAGAGACGGGAGCAAUCUGUUGAGUACACGCGGUUGGCAUUGGAGACCUGCCGCUCGCUGUGGGCACAAUUCAACGUAGGACUAAUCGUGUUUGGCCUAAUCAUACUGGGCCUCAGUUCGGUAGUCGGAUGGGCGUUGGCGGGUGCCACACUGGGCGCCAUUGCUCACAUGCCGGUACAAGCAGUGUUUGGUUUCAAAGGAGUCUCUCUAAUCCAGUUCCUCAUCUUCGGUGCAUCUGUGGGCUCAGCUGUUGCUGUAAUUGCUACCGCUCCACCUCGUAUACAUCUUUCCUGGUCGCUCGUGCCACUUGUGCUUCAUCCGCUUGCGUUUCUCUCCAACUCGUACACCUUCUGGGAAGACCGCAUCAUUCCUUUCCUACUCCUCACCACAUCAGUUCCCGCAUUUUUGACAUCAUUCUCUGCACCAACCGCGCGCCUGCGCAGACGCAUACUCUUCUUCUCCGCAGUCUUCGCAGCUGUCACUUACUUCGCCGGCGGCACCGUUGCGUCACCACCCACCAUUGUCAUUGCGAUCAUCUGCCCAGCUUGUAUUUUCCUUCCCUUUGCAAUUCGACGGGUGCUCGCGAUUUCCAAAUCUGACAACGGUGUUGCGUCGAUCUUUCUACCUUAUAUUCUUACACCGACGCUCCUUGGUGGCACGGCGUAUUGGAUGGUGGAGUGGAUCGACAGCGCGCAGGCUCUUGGCGUAAGUGCGGAUCUGAGGCUACUGAGGACGAUCGUAGGGUGGUGUACGAUAGGUGGAAUGCUCCUAGCUGGUGGCGCCCUUUGGACCGCCGUCCCUGUCGCGCUACAUAUCACGACCGAGCGCGCACUACCUGGUUCUAGUCCUAAUGCUAAAGCACGCGUCACCAUUCUCGGAUUUGCCAACGCGUUCGGCGCGCCAUACCUCAUCUUUUGGUGCAUCGCGCUCGGGCUCACUUGGGCGGCCACGCAGCUCUCGGGCCAAGUUGCGCUUGGCUUCGGAACGUUGGCGUUGCUCGCACACCUCGAGGUCGUGGACAGCGUGCGAGAUGCCCGCGCGCUGCAGGAUGCUUUCAUAGCAGAUCCCGCGGCCGCUCUAGCACUCCUGCGUGCUCAGUCAGGGCAAGCCAUGGCGGAACUGCAGGGCCCAGGAACCACCGGUCUUGAGGCUCAAGUGACAUUCGAAGAGAUCGUCCCACUGGCGCUACUUGCAUUGCUGUCGUUCUUCGCGACAGGACACCAAGCGACUGUGCCGUCGCUGCAAUGGAAGUCGGCAUUCGUACUGAGCGCAAGCGUGACGUAUCCGUGGUCUCCGGCGCUUGUGCUGCUGAACACUGUCGGUCCGGUGGUCCUCUGUGCACUUGCAGUGCCAUUGGUCGCGCUGUGGAAUGUGGCGCCCCUACCUGUCGUAUCGGCGCCUGUGGACCCGAAGGCGGAGGAGGCGAAUGAUGGAAGAGUCAAAGUGGAAGAACCUGGUGCGCAGGUGCAUCGCAACGCGGUGCGGGCUUCCCUCGGCGUGAUGGUCUACUUCACUGCGCUGCUGCUCGGCGCAGCAGUGGGCGCGGCAGUGCUUCGCCGUCAUCUGAUGGUGUGGAAGGUGUUCGCACCGCGAUACAUGGCAGGUGCCAUGCACUUGCUCGCCGUAGAUGCUGGAGUUGUACUUGGAGUGCAUAUCGGGUCCUCCGUCGCCCUCCUCGCCACCUUUUUCAUCGGUCUGUCCUGCCAAAUUGAGCGCCCAAGCGUCUCCGGGUGGCAGCAGAAAACGAGCGAGCUGCCGUCCACGCUGCUCAAGGUGAUGGAUGAGAGUGGCGUCGUAUGA